ACGGCCAGGCUGGGCGGAACCGUGGGUGUCCCUGGCGCCCCAAGGUGCCAAUUAAAUAUUCGUGGCCGUCUGGGGCCAGAGCUGUGGACCGCGGCAUGGCCGAGCCGGGGCCGGAGCCCGGGCGUGCCUGGCGGGUGCUCGCCCUGUGCGGGGUGGCCGUGUUCCUGGCUGCGGCAGCAGCCGGCGGGGCCCUGGUAGCCUGGAAUCUGGCCGCCUCGGCUGCUCGGGGACCUCGCUGCCCGGAGCCAGGGGCCAAUGCCACGGCGCCGCCCGGGGACCCGCCGCCUGGGGUCGACGAGCUGCGGCGCCGGCUGGCAGAGGCUGCCGAGCGGGAGGAGGCCCUAGCUAGGCAGCUGGACCAGGCGGCAAGUAUCCGGCACGAGUUGGAGAAGGCAUUAAAGGCCUGUGAAGGCCGCCAGAGCCGGCUUCAGACCCAACUAACGACACUGAAGAUUGAGAUGGACGAAGCCAAGGCACAGGGGACCCAGAUGGGGGCCGAGAACGGGGCGCUGACAGAGGCCCUGGCGCGCUGGGAGGCGGCGGCCACGGAGUCUGCGCGGCGGCUGGACGAGGCUCUGCGGCGCGCAGGCGUGGUGGAGGCCGAGGGCGAAGCCUGUGCGGCCCGGGAGGCGGCGCUGCGCGAACGCCUUAACGCCCUGGAAGCCGAGAUGAGCCCACAGCGCAGAGUGCCCCGGCCGCGUCCCCGCUCGGGGUCCCGACCCCGGCCCAGCCCUCGCUCGCGCUCUCGCUCCGGACCCUCCGGGGGCUGCCGGCGGCCGGCGCGGCGCGCACGAGGGUGAGUCGGCCCCCUGCCGGAAGGGGGCGUCGGCCUGGAGGACACAUAUGGGGGGGGGGUCUGCGGGGACGUGUAUAGAGGCACCCCCACGCUGCAUGCGACAC